AUGAGGUGGCUUCACCCCAACUCUUCCUGCUCCAUCAGCCAGGCAAGUGUGAAUCAUUCUGACACAGACCAGGAGCACAGGGCCUGGGCAGGACUUCUGAUAAGCCAGCCAGUCCAGGCAGAGUGCUCAUCCGUUAGCUUCUCCAUCUCCAAUACCAUUGUCCCUCUGGCCUGCCUGUUGCUGGACUACCUGCCUGAUCGUCAGGAAGAGUUUGGCCUUUCUGGAGGACUCCAGUUUGACACAGUUCUUCUCUUUCCUAGUGGUCACCAAGAGUGGCAAGAAAAGGAAGAAAGCCCUGAGUUGGGAGGGACCAGGAUGCCUGACCGGGACAGCUAUGCCAACGGCACUGGGAGCAGCAGUGGAGGCCCUGGAGGCGGUGGCAGCGAGGAGGCCAGUGGGACAGGGGCAGGCAGUGGCGGGGCCAGCUCAGAUGCCAUCUGUAGAGACUUCCUGAGGAAUGUGUGCAAGCGAGGGAAGCGUUGCCGCUAUCGCCAUCCAGACAUGAGUGAGGUGUCCAACUUGGGGGUAAGCAAAAACGAGUUCAUCUUCUGCCAUGACUUCCAGAACAAGGAGUGUAGCCGCCCUAACUGCCGAUUCAUCCAUGGCUCCAAGGAGGAUGAGGAUGGCUAUAAAAAGACAGGAGAGCUGCCCCCUCGGCUGAGGCAGAAAGUGGCAGCCGGCCUAGGCCUGUCACCAGCUGAUCUACCAAAUGGGAAGGAGGAGGUCCCAAUCUGCCGUGACUUUCUCAAGGGUGACUGCCAGAGAGGAGCCAAGUGCAAGUUCCGUCACCUGCAACGGGAUUUUGAGUUUGAUGCUCGGGGUGGAGGCGGCACUGGUGGUGGGGGUUCAACAGGCCCCAUUCCCCCAGGACGACGUCAUGAUCUCUAUGAUAUUUAUGACCUCCCUGACAGGGGCUUUGAGGACCAUGAACCAGGCCCCAAGCGCCGGCGAGGUGGAUGCUGCCCCCAAGAUGGUCCCCAUUUUGAAUCCUAUGACUACAGCCUGGCUCCACCCCGAGGGGUGGAGUGCAGACUGCUAGAGGAGGAGAAUGCCAUGCUCAGGAAGCGGGUAGAGGAGCUCAAGAAGCAGGUCAGCAACCUGCUGGCUACCAAUGAAGUACUGCUGGAACAAAAUGCGCAGUUCCGCAAUCAGGCCAAGGUCAUGACCCUGAGCUCCACUGCACCAGCAACUGAACAGACUCUGGCCCCCACCGUGGGUACUGUUGCCACUUUUAACCAUGGCAUUGCCCAGACUCACACUACUCUCAGCAGCCAGGCUCUGCAGCCUCGCCCUGUGUCCCAGCAAGAACUGGUGGCCCCUGCUGGAGCUCCGGCUGCUCCCCCAACUAAUGCUGCACCUCCUGCUGCCCCACCACCCCCACCCCCACACUUGAACCCAGAGAUCGCACCACUGUCAGCUGCUCUGGCUCAAACAAUUGCCCAGGGAAUGGCACCCCCACCUGUAUCCAUGGCUCCUGUGGCUGUAUCAGUGGCUCCUGUGGCCCCCGUGGCUGUAUCGAUGGCCCAACCCUUGGCAGGAAUCACAAUGAGCCACACCACCACCCCCAUGGUGACUUACCCCAUCGCUUCCCAGAGCAUGCGAAUCACAGCUAUGCCACACUGAUGGGGCUAAUGGACACUCCCCUGGUGUAGUCUCCCAGGGCUGGAGUUGAGGGGCCUUCACCCACUCGCCUAGUCCUCCAGAGCCCUGUCCAAAGGGCUCACUCAUGAACUAGGAUGAGAGACUGCGAGGAGUUUGCUUCUGAGAAGGGAUUGGGUUGGUGUGUUUCCUCCCACCUGCCUUUUAUGAGGCUCCUCUUGUCCAUCUUCCUUCAAGCCUCACGGGCUUGCGUAGGAGUGCAGACUGAAGGCCACAGACGAAGGACUGACUGAGGGGCAUGUGUCCUCUGAUGGGAAUUUGGGGGACAUCCUUGGUCUUGUCCUCUUUUCUGCACAGCACAGGUUCCAGCACUGGCUUUGGAAGAAAAAAAUACCCUGCCCAGAGGGGAAGCCAGAAAAGAAUAGGAAGUGGGUGGCCAGGAGAGAAGGCCUGUUAGGAGCCUUCAUACAGUUUGGGGCCUAGUUGAGUUGGACAAUACAGGAACUGCUCCUGGGCCCGUGGGAAGAUGGGGACCAUAGUACUCCAGCCCAAAGACUAGGGGAGGCAUUCAUUACCUUGGCUUGACCUGGACAUCCAGAGGGCAGGGCCAACCACGUUCCAAAGAAAUAAAAAAAAGUUAUUUUUGACAAAGGAGGCAGUGAAAACUUGCUUAGAUAUUCUGUGUGGAAGAUGGGAGCAGUAAAUAGAUGUCAUGCCAAAAUGGAAUAAAGACCCCACUCUCACAUAGCUUGGGUGAGGAUGGAUGAAGGCCAGUGAAGAAGGGUAAGGGCCCAGAGAAAGAUCAGAUGGGGCUUCAGGGAAGGUACUUUGUGGGGUAAAACCAUUGGAGCCACCUUGUCUAGUUUAAAAAUAGUCCCAUCCAUUCUGGUUUCUAUCUGCAUGUACUAUUCCCAGGUUGCCUUAGUAACCAGGGUUCCCAGGGUCAUUUGGAGGGGCAGGUACUAAGGAGGGUGGAUGUGCUGGGAAAUGGGAUUGGGAUAUGUGUCGACAGAUCCUUCCCUUAUUCAAACACAGCAGGGCAGGUGGCAGUUCCUCUCUCAGUUGUUGACAGCAACAUCCCUCCUACCGCAUCCUUUUCUCAGUUCCCAGUGCCUUAAGCCUUUAAGGCUUAAGAGGUGCUGGGGAAAGGAGAGUUCUUCUGGGGACACAAACCUCGGGGUUCAUCCCUUACUUUCCUCUGCUUCCACAUAGGACCACAGAGGUUUUACAUCCAGUUAAGAGUCAGUAAAGCCAAGGGUCCCAGUAGCCAAACCUCAGUUCCUCCUCAGCUCGUGGCUGAUGUAGGGGAAACAACUCAGGGGAACAGUCUAAUGGGACAGUGGAUUUGGGGGUGGAGAAAGUGAUCCUGGUUUAUUCUUCCCCCAUCAUAUCUCGUGCUACCUCUUGCUCUUGUUUGGUUGAUCAUUCAGUAUACACCUGGGAUUGGAGAUGGUGGGCUAAGUCAAGGCCAGUCAUUUUAAAAAAGGGGAGGGGGUGCAAAAGACUGAAGAUGGGCAAAUACUGAAAUAUUGUUUGUGGAUUCUAGAAGCCACACAUUGAUAAGCUUAAUGUUGAUUUUCUGAUAUAAUUCUGGAUUAUUAAAGAGAUGGUUUAUGAGCAUUUAGACAAAUGUGAUCAUAGAUACCAACAUUAAUUCGUCCUAGCCAAACUCUGACGAGCUAACUUUUAUUUUUUUUGCCAAGUAUCUCUAAAGAGGUAGAUUUGGGAAACUGUAGAUGUUGUAUGUAUUUUUUAAUGUGUUCCAGCUAAAGACCACCAAGAAUAUACCUACAGUUGAGUGAGUUGGAUGGAUUUUACACCGUUUGUGAUGAUGGAGAGAGGACACUAUGUGCAACUAUUGUGUGUCUUGCAAGAGAAUGUUAGAAAGGACCUAUAGGACUUGGACUUACAUUGAAUUUGGAGAAGGUUCAAGGAAAUAGAGCUUCACUCUAAACUGGGUGCUAUUAGGGAAGCAGGGAAAAUUCAAUGAUUGGGUAUCUUAUCUAGAAAAAGGACAGACUAAAGUGAAGCUGAAACUGCAAUAAGUAAUGAAGCAGUAGUCACUCAUUAGCUGGGAGAGGGGGAUGUUUGCAGUUUAAGGUUUGCACACUGACCUUGUUUAGCCCUUAAACAAAAUUGUGAUCUUGGUUUUUGUUUUGUUUUUUUGACUCCCUUCAUCACAAUCACUGAGUGCCCUUGUCUCAUGUUGGUGUUUCGUGAGAUUGUGUCCAACAGUACCUGUGAACUAGGGUCAGCCCCCUAAUAAUUCGAAAGGCCAGCUGUGUCAGGCCAUUUCCCAGAUGUCAGAAACUGCUUUCCUCUUUCUCACCUAAGUCAUUGCAGAUAGAAUAAUUAUGGGUCAGUUAAUAGUUUGAUGAAAUCAAAACUGAAAGUUUGUGCCUAGUAAAUGUUGAUGAGCACAUUCAUGUUAGAGAUAUACCCAAGGGCUAUAUUUUUUUCAUUGUAUAAAAAUAUGAAAAGCCUACUCACCAAUAUAACACAAAAAAAUACUAAGUAAUACUGGAAAUGUCGGUAACUUGGAUUGACUAAUGUGAAGGGUCGAUUUCAAUCGACUCUGCCCCUAAAAAUUACUUGAACCUGCCUGAGAAACAAAUGUAGCGACUUGCCUGGUGGCUCAGACAGUAAAGCAUCUGUCUACAAUGCGGGAGACCUGGGUUCGAUCCCUGGGUUGGGAAGCUUCCUGGAGAAGGAAAAGGCAACCCACUCCAGUACUCUUGCUUAGAAAAUCCCAUGGAUGGAGGAGCCUGGUGUCCAUGGGGUCGCAAAGAGUUGGACACGACUGAGCGACUUCACUUUCACUUUCAUAUUAGCAAUAAUUCACAUGAGAACAACAUGGGACUUCCAACUGGCUGCAAAAAAAUUAAAAUAUUAUUCUUCAUAA